GGAGCAAGGGUUUUAGUUGAUCCACACAGCUGCAUUUGGUGAUUUGGAACCAACAAGAUCUCGAAUUCGGCGGCUAGGUGAGGCUCAGUAUGGCGUUUGACGCCUUCAUCCAGAUGUAGCUUCAACGUUUUGCAUUUCAAAGCCUGUGCCACUCCGCUUCUUCAAUGUUUCAUAUCCCUCAGCAAUUGUUAAGUGCCUUACCUUAUAAAAGCUCACGCUCCCGAUCCCCUUGACAGUCAUGGGUUCUAUCCACUUGUCAUUUCGACGCAUCUAGGCCCCCACGCCAGUAAGAUUCCACACUCGAAACUAAAGUCCUCCAGCCUCAUAUUUUCUCAACUUGGCUCAUUCUCCUAUCUUACCGAGCUUAAAGCCUCGAUACGCAGUACACCAUGGAGAUCCUCGAGACUCCUCUCCCCCAAAAUCAACUAAAGACUCACGAUGUAUCCGAUGACGCACCGGGAGCACCUUUGAUAAAUUCGACGCCCGCAGUCUCGUCUCCGAGCUGCCUUCACGAUAAUGAUGUGUUUGACUUACUAUGGUUAGCCUUUGAUAACAAGCAAGCCGUUCAAGGCGUCUUCAAUGUCCAGGGCGCCGUGGCUUCUGGAAAAGCCGAGCUUGUUGUGUUUGCUUGGCAAAACCUCAUGAUGAAGGAUCAUCUGAGGGAUGCCAUUGAGCACCGUACUUGGCAAUUCUGCAAGGAACAUCACAUUCCCACAUUCUUUGUCUCUAGCAUGUAUUUCCUAGGUCAUGGUUGUGGUUUUGAUUACGCUAUUCGCGCUGUAGCCGUUACUUUCCAGGAAGGCAGCGAGCUGACAGAUGAGAUCAACGACAUGAAGAGGAGGAUUCAAAUGCUCAGGCGUAUUCCUGAUGAAUCCGAAGCUGAAGAGUUCAUCAACAGCGAUACACUCGAAGGCAAGCCCGAUGGCUUCGAAGCUGAAGAUCACAUUUGCACCGGUACUUUCGGCAACAAGCCCGACGACUUUAAGCCUGAAGAAGAUGUUUGUGUCGAAAAUCUUAAUGGCAAGCCUGAUGAUGCCGACACUCAAGAUUCCGCAUGCAGCGAGAUUCUCAGUCACAAACCCGAUGGUCUCGAGACUGAGAUAUCAGCCUCUGCAGAUGUCCUCGAAAGCAAGCCGAGCGACCUCGAGGCGAUACAGCCCAUGCGCGCUGAUAGCUUUGGAAGCCUAUCUAUGGCAUCUGAGAUUGCACAGUCUACGCGCACUGACAGCUUUGGGAGCACUUCAAGUGCAUCAAGCAUGUCAGGCGAGUCUGACGACUUCGAUCCUUUGGAGUCCAGUCGCGCUGAUAGCUUUGGAAGCCAACCGAGCAUGUCUGAAGGCUCCGUUGCUGAAGACCCAACUUUUGCUGAGAGUAUGGAAGAUGGCCGAUAAGUUCAUCCUGGCAUAUCUCUGUCAUGAUGACUUAGGCUACGCAGUAAUGUCUGGAUGGAUCGACAUACCAACAUCCCCGGGGCCCCGGGCCAAUGUUUGGUUCAAAAGGUGUGCGGGGGCAACGCGGUUCGAGUACCUUGGUCGAUCAAGUGGAUGUGAAUGGAGGCACUCGAUCCUAUCAUCCUCUCAAUGACUACAUGCUAAUUUUCUGAACUAAGUACGUUUGAGUCCAUGAUGUGAGCUGCGAAGAUGACCUUCUCGACG